AUUCUGUUUUAGUCUGGCAAAGCUAAAGCAGAAGAAACCAAUGAAGAUGCAGUAUUUGGCCUAUUUAUUGCCUUCUUAAACUAGAAGAUUACCUUAAAUACUUCACUUUCAGUUAUUGCAAUCCUCUAGGUUUUGCUUUUGGUUUUUUUGUUCUCUGCUUGAAUAGAAACCAGUACAUAUUGAUUUUCAGGUAUUUGCAUCCAUUCUAUGUUUCUUGCCCUUCUCUCUUUGAUCUAAAGCUAUCUCUGCAAUUCUUCUCUCUUUAACAAGUGGUUGCGUUCUUUCUUGAACUUUUUCCAUUUAUUUUACUAGUGGGCUAUGGGAGAGCAGUUAGGAUUGCUAAAGGUGACCGUUGUGCAAGGGAAAAGAUUGGUUAUCCGUGAUUUCAAGAGUAGUGAUCCUUAUGUGGUGGUCAAACUAGGGAAUCAGACAUCAAAGACCAAAGUUAUUAACAGUUGCCUUAAUCCAGUUUGGAAUGAAGAGCUAAGUUUCUCCCUCAGAGAACCCGUCGGAGUUCUAAGUCUGGAAGUAUUUGAUAAAGACCGUUUCAAAGCAGAUGACAAGAUGGGGCAUGCUCAUCUCAAUCUUCAACCAAUUGCCUCUGCUGCUCGAUUGAAGCAAAUUCUGCAAGUUUCUUCUGGUGAGACAAUUUUAAGAAAGGUUGUCCCAGACUCUGACAACUGUCUUGCAAGGGAAAGUUCAAUUAGUUGCAUUGAUGAUGAGGUAGUGCAAAGUGUUUGGUUGAGACUCUGCGCAGUUGAGUCCGGGGAGAUAGAACUAAAGAUUAAGUUAAUCAACCAUUCUGUCACUUCUUCAAAAUAGGGCAGAACUUAGGAUUGCCUUAGAGAUAGACUUUGAGGUUUGACAUUGGCAUGGGGAAGUUCUUUUUUUCGCCGGUAGGCUACCUUUUCUUGAUAUUUCAUUUAUCCCUUUAGAUGUAUCAAAUAGGUUUUUCAGCUGAAGCAUCCAAAUUAGUACAGAUUUCAGCUGGCUCAUGCAGGAUCACGCUUUUUUUCUAUUGCCUGUGCAAGUGUGUAUGCUUUUGAAAUUGUUCUCAAGUAUGAUGAAAUUUUAAGUAUUACAGUGUUUAUUGGAUAAUAUUGAGAAUGUGAUAUUGUUAUAGGAUUUAUGCCUA